AAACGUUUGUCUCGUCAGCGAAAGAGAUGAGCACUGACUCUGAGAGAAGCAAGGAGCUGUGGCCCUGAAGCAGAAUACUCAAAGCACGCCACACAAGAAGGCAAGCUCCCCAAUUCAGCACCUCCAUGGUGCAUACAGGAGCUAUAAAAGGAUACUCCUUCCAGGAGUAAUACUGCACAUUCUCGCAAUGCACAAUGAAUCUAAACACGUUGAUGGAGCCCAACCGGUGGCAGCGCAGCGUGAAGCCCUGGCGCAAGCUCGCGUCUGCACCUGCACGCCUUCCGCAGCCUUUUCUGUCUUCGUUACAUCUAGUGGUUGCAAUUCUGCUGACCAUCAAGAUCGCGGCGGUUGUCAGGGAAGACACGCCGUUCAUUGUGGCGUCGACGGCUACUUUUAGCGACAUGUUCCUGGCAGGAGUGCAGAGGCAUGGAGAGAUUGGGCUCUUGUACGAGAUCGACGACUGUGUUGCGUCCAUCAACCGCACCAUCGACACCUACUUCAAACUGCCGCGCACCGGACUUGACGUCUACGACGCACUGAGCACCCCCGUCCAGAUCAACGUCGUCCAGUUUUCGACUAACCCCCGCCGGGCGCUGCCAGACAAGAAGGGCCAGGCGGGCAAGCUCAAGGGGCUCGACUUUCAAACAUGGAGCGGCAACAUCACGUCCCGCAGCGACAGCUGGCUGGACCUGCUGGGCAUCGACGGCGAGCGCAAGCUGCGCGCGUUCUUCAACAGUCUGGUUCAGAUGGAAAUCGUGCUAGUGCUGCGGACGCUGCACCGAGAGCUGGACCACGUGCAGGCGUUCGAUUGGGAGAUCACGGCGCUGUACGAUUUUGUGGGGCGGGGGGGACGGAUCGAGCUGAGCCUGAGCGUGGAUGGAAGCCACGUGCACCAGGACCAGAGCUGGCAUUGGGAGCUGCUGAUGGACAUGCUCCUUGGGGGCCUGGCGCUGUUGUCGGAAUCGUCCGCGUAUCUCCGAGGGGAGUCGCUGCUGUGCUACCUGCGGUCGAGCCGGCAAUGGCGGAGUAACUACAAAUGGCGGGUCGUAACCACGUCCGCUAACGUAACCACGUGGGCCGCUAUCAUACUAGAGGUGGGGGAGUUCAUGGCGUACUCGGGCGAGACCCGGGGCAUCACCGCCAUAUUCACAGGCAUGGCUUGUAUGCUGGCGUGGCUCAAGAUCAUCGAGCACCUGGAGCCGCUUUCUCCGUACAACACGCUCAUUUUGGCGAUGCGCCAGGGGGUUCCCGUUGUACUGGUGUUCCUGAUUGGCAGCACCCCCCUGCUCAUGGGCUUCGCGGGCCUGGGCAUGGCGCUCUUCUCCGAGCACAGCGACAAGUUCUCCUCCCUCAAAAACAGCUGCAUCACUCUGUUUGCGAUUCUGAACGGCGACGUGCUGCUGGAGACGUCGCGCGACAUCCAGGCGGCGGGCAACAUCGGUGACGUGUUCCUCGUCACCUUCGUGUGCAUAUUCGUCUACUCGGGCCUCAACGUCUUCAUCUCCAUCAUUCAAGACGCCUACAGCAGCGCGAAAGAGCAAACCGGACGGUUGUCCCGCCCGUCGAGUGCCGCGGACGUCCGGAGCUGGGAAGGCCUGGAAGGGGGACUGUCCAGAACGGGAUCCGGCGUGGGGGUCACUGCAGUGCAACUUAAUCAGGUGGAAGCUCGGUUACGCGAGCAAAUGGCCGACCUCCAGAAACAGCUGGCAGAAGUGACGGCCCUCCUGAGUUCCGGGAGACAGGCGUUUUCCACCGGGGGGGUCAAGGAGCACGGGGGGGGCUAUUUCAGCGAUGGGGAGACCCCUCGACACAUGCAUCGGCAAGGAGGACACGUGGAUCACGUGGGGGUGUCGAGCUCCUCGCGACAAAAGGGGCUAUGAGAGGACACGAGUCGCGCUUGUAACAUAUAUUAUAAAGGUACGUUAUUGACCGUUUUGAUGUCAUAGAUUUGAGUAACAUAGCGUGCAUACAGCAGGGCAAUGCAGCGGCGUUAGGCAAGUUGAGCACGAGUCGCGCGCGAUUCCUAUCCAGGCCCCGCAGGCAUCGGGCAGAAGUCAAACAAGGUGUAGGCAAGUGAGCGUUAGGCAAGGUGUCAAGCCUAGACAAGACAUUCGCCUGAGGAGAUGGUGACGAGAAUGGUCAUCCAAAGUGUGAAGUGCGUUCAGAACCAGCCCAAACCGGCACAACGAGAGGCAAAAGCGACACACUUAACUAUGAUUAGAUUUGCUACACGUUCACUGCCGUAGCACAAAUAAAAUUUGGGAACUUGACAACAAAUGUAGCCAGGCAGUGUAGCUGAUCUCAUUUCUCAAAGUCUUGUCACGGGACUAAAUGUAGUCAAUCUUCAAGGCCUCACUUGGAAAAUCUGCAUGGCUUACAUGAGCAGUG